ACGAUGAUGUUGAUGUUGGGUGGUAUGGUAAGUUUGAGUUCAAUCGCCGCCAAUUCCAAAACCUUAUAAAUAGCAAAAGCAAGCAAAGCAGUACGAAACUCCCAUUCAAAUUUCAAUUCGAAUGGAUGACUCCUCAUGACUCCUCUACUCCCCCAUCGUUCAUCAACUGACAUCUUCGUCUUCUUCUUCUUCUUCUCCUUAAGAAAACCCAAAUCCCAAUGCUGUCGGCAGCCACAGCCACGGCCAUGUCUUUCUCAGCGGUUUCUCCGCUCCGACACCUCCAACGAAAUCCUCGCCAUCCUCGAAACCGUCGAUCCAAUGGAGCGAGCCCUCGACCGCGCUCUCCCUCAUCUCUCCCCCCACAUCGUCACUUCCGUCCUCAGACAGCAUCAACAACAACGGCAGCACUCCGACGACACGAACACCAUUCAGAAAAGGUUCCGCUUCUUCCUUUGGGCCUGGAACUCCGACUUCCUUCGCAGCAAGGCCUCCGAGACUCUCUUCCUCCAAAUGCUCCUCAAGACCCAAAACGACGACGCUUUCGAAUCCGCUCUCCGACACUUGAAGGAACACCGGAUUCCGAUUCCUUCCGACGCUUUCCGAGCGGCCAUCAAGGGAUUCUUGGGAUCGGGAAUGCCUGAGAAGGCCUUGGAAUUCUUCGGACGAAUGAGGGACCUCGGAUGCAAGCCCGAUGUUUUUACGUACAAUGUCAUCUUGUGUCUCAUGCUGCGAAAACAGGUUUUCUCGUUGGCUCUUGCCCUUUACAAUGAGAUGCUCGAGUCCAACUGCACUCCCGAUUUGGUCACUUUCAACAUUUUGAUUCACGGCUUCUGCAAGUCUGGUCAGAUCCAGGAUGCCCAGAAGAUGUUUGACGAAAUGGCGGAGAGGGGUUUAGCCCCCGAUGAGAGGACUUAUACUAUUAUAAUCUCCGGCUUAUGCCAGGCCAAGAGGGUCGACGAAGCGCGCAGGCUUCUCAUUACGAUGGAGGAGAGCGGCUGCUGUCCCGAUACCGUCGCUUACAACGCCUUGCUUAAUGGCUACUGUCAGUUAGGCAGGAUCGAUGAAGCUUACGCCUUUAUGAGGUGGUCGGAGAAGGAGGGUUAUGUUGUCGGACUCAAGGGAUACAGUUGUUUAAUCGAUGGCUUGUUUAAAGCCAAGAGGUACGUCGAAGCGCACGGGUGGUUCAGAAAAAUGAUAAAGGCGGGAGUGAAGCCCGACGUUGUGUUUUACGGCAUAAUGAUCCGGGGGUUGUCGGAUGGAGGCAGGGUUGAGGAUGCUCUUAACAUGCUCAACGGCAUGAGUCGGGAAGGUUUGGUUCCGGACGCCUACUGCUAUAGCGCCGUGAUUAAGGGGUUCUGCGAUGUGGGCCUUUUGGACGAGGCUCGAUCUCUUCAUCUCGAGAUAUCCAACCGAGAUUGCUUCCCCAACGCGUGCACGUACACCAUUCUCAUUUGUGGUAUGUGCAGAAACGGGCUGGUCAAGGAGGCGCAACAGAUAUUUGAAGAGAUGGACAAGGUUGGAUGUUUUCCUUCUGUUGUGACCUUCAAUUCUCUUAUUCACGGACUUUGUAAAGCCGGUGAGCUGGGGAAAGCCCACCUGCUAUUUUACAGGAUGGAAAUAGGGAGAAACCCUUCGCUGUUUCUUCGUCUGUCGCAAGGGGGCGGCAGGGUUCUCGAUGGUGGGAGUCUUCAGGCCGUGGUUGAGAAACUGUGCGAGUCGGGACUGGUCCUUAAGGCGUACAGAAUCCUGACGCAGCUUGCUGAUAGUGGGGUUAUGCCCGACACUGUGACUUACAACAGCCUAAUCAACGGGUUCUGCAAGGCCGGAAACAUAAAUGGCGCUCUUAAACUUUUCAAGGACAUGCAAUUGAAAGGGCCCUCCCCGGAUUCUGUUACGCACGCAACGCUUAUAGAUGGACUUCAAAGGGCCGACAAAGAAGAGGACGCCUUUGCGGUCUUUGAUCAAAUGGUGAAGAAUGGUUGCGUACCCAGCUCUUCUGUUUACAUAACACUUAUGACUUGGUCAUCCCGCAGAGGAAAACAUUCCUUAGCUUUUAGUCUGUGGUUGAAAUAUCAGGCCAACCUUCCCGGAAGGGAUAGGGAAGAAAUCAAUGCUGUAGAGGAAGAUUUUAAAAGGGGAGAUCUCGACAAGGCAAUUAGAGGUCUUCUUGAAAUGGAUUUCAGAUUGAAGGAUUUUGAUUUGGCGCCAUAUACCGUUUUGCUCAUCGGGCUGUGUCAGGGAGGAAGAUUUGACGAAGCCUUGACGAUGUUCUCUCUUCUCAAGGAGUACAAUGUGAGCGUCCCCCCGUCUAGUUGUGUGAAUUUGAUUUAUGGUCUCUGUGGAAGUGGGAAGUUGGAUCUGGCUACAAAUAUUUAUGUUUAUACUCUGGAGCAGGGUUUCAUGAUGAGAAAAGCUUGCAAUCAUUUAAUCAAGUGUCUCCUUUGCGCCCAAGAUAAAAGACAUCUUGCCUUUGAUCUUGUUCGGAGGAUGGAGUCGUCUUUCGGGUAUGAUCUCGGUGCCCAUCUAUACCGGACCACAAACUUUCUUCUAGCUUGUCACUUGAAUAAGUCACAAGAGAAAGAUCUGCUACUUCUUCUUCUUCUUCUUCUUCUUCUUCUGGGUUUUACGAAAGAAUUCCUCUCCUCGAUUCCUAUUCCAUUUCCCAUGCGGUUUCUCCCUUUGACUCGUGCUCCCAGAUUCAUCUUCAAUGCCUCUUCUUCUUCUCUUCAUCUCAAGUGGGUUUCUUCGUCUUCUUUGAACAUCAUAAACCACAACCCACAACAAACACAAUCUUCCGAUGAAGAAGACGAAGACGAAGCAGUAACCCAAAUUCUCCAAGCUCUCAGAAACCAACCCAAUCUCGCCAUCGCCUUCUUUAACCGAACCAAAGAAGCCGGCUUUCGGCUCGGAAUCUCCUCCUACGCCGAGCUCCUCAACAUUUUAUCACACGCCAACUUCAACUUGGAUUCUCUCUUCUCCGACAUCAUUCGAAGAAACCCGAAUCUCGACAUCUCCGAAUUCCUCCAACAUCUUGAUGGGCAAUCUUCAUUUCGGGCUUUCAACGCCUUGAUCAAUUCUUAUGUGAGUUUUUCCAUGUUUGACCGCGCCAUUCAUUUUCUCUUCCAAUCGAAUACGAUAAGUGGCUUUGUUCCUCAUAUUUUCACGUCUAACUUUCUUCUUAACCGUUUGAUUGAGUUCGGUGAAGUUGAUGUGGCUUUGGUUGUGUACGGUGAGUUAAGGAGGAUGAUUGGUUUUAGUCCUGAUGAUUACACUUAUGUGAUUAUGAUUAAGGCCCUCUGUAAAAAGGGUGAUUUGGAUGGAGCUGCUAACGUGUUUUUUGAGAUGGAGGAAGCUGCGGUAACCCCUUCUCCAUUUGCUUAUAGUGCUCUUAUUGAAGGGCUUUGUGCCGCCCGGAGAUCGGGUUUAGCAUACCGAGUUCUCCGAUCCUGCAAAGAGGAGAAAAUCGCCAUUGAUAGGUUUGCUUAUGCAGUCGUGAUCCGCGGGUUCUGUAACGAGAUGAAACUGUGCGAAGCUGAGACUGUAUUUCGCGACAUGGAAAAUGAUGGGGUGGUUCCCGACUUACGUGUGUAUAGCGCAAUGAUCGAGGGCUAUUGCAAGGGCUAUAAUUUGUUAAGAGCUUUGGCUCUUCACGCCGAUAUGGUUUCGAGAGGCAUGAGGACUAAUUGCAUUAUUAUUAAUUCGAUUCUUAAGUGUUUGUGUAGGAUGCGCAUGUUUGAUGAAGCAGUAAAUCAAUUCGAGGAAGUUAAGGGUAUGGGAAUUCAUCUUGAUGGAGUUUCUUAUAAUCUCGUAGCGCACGCUUUAUGCGAACUGGGGAGAGUAGAACAGGCUGUCGAAUUGCUCCAAGAGAUGAAAAUCAAGGGGAUGGUUGUAAAGGUUAUGCAUUACACCACUCUGAUUAAGGGCUAUUGUCUCAAAGGGAAUAUCGUUGAUGCCUUGGAUGUUGUGGAGGAAAUGAAUGAAAAGGGUCUCAAGCCCGAUAUCGUCACUUAUAACGUACUUGCUGCUGGGUUUUCUAGAAAUGGCCUUGCAUCCGAGGCAUUUGGACUUUUAGAUUACAUGAACGCGCAGGGUGUAAAACCGGAGUCGUCUACAUAUGAGGUGAUAAUUGAAAAUUUAUGCCUGCGAGGAAAAGUGAAAGAAGCCGAAGUGUUUCUCAAUCAAUUAGAAGUUAGGGGUGUUGAUGGUUAUUCUGCCAUGAUUAGUGGAUACUGUAAAGCAAACUAUACAAGAAAGGCAUAUGCGCUUCUUCUUAGGUUGUUGAAGCAAGGGAUUCCGGUAGGUGAAACUAGCUUCCUUAAACUACUCUGCAAAUUAUGUGUGGAAGGUCAGAACGACAGAGCUGUUUUCUUGUUCGAAACAAUGUUAGCCAUGAAAAUGAAACCCGGGAAAGUGAUGUGCAACAGACUCGUGUCUUCCCUCUCCCGGGCCGGGAAUGUGAAAAAGGCCCGCCAGAUUUUCGACAGUUUGGUUGAGAGAGGGUUAACUCCUGAUGUCAUUGGCUACCCGACGAUGAUCAACGGCUACUGCAGAGAGAAUUGCCUGCAGGAGGCCUUUGAUCUCCUCCGCUGUAUGAAAAGCAAAGGCAUCGAACCUGAUAUUGUGACUUACACAGUUUUGCUUGAUGCCCUGUUCAAAUCUGACCACCACGCCCAUCUAAACGCAACGAAACAAAAAGAAACAUCAAUGCAUAUCUCAUCUGUUUUGACUGAAAUGCAGGAAAUGAAAAUAACUCCUGACGUAAUUCUUUGUACUGUUCUAAUAGACGGCUACAGUAAGCUAGAGAAAUUUGAGGUUGCUCUUGCGCUUUUUAAAGAAAUGGUUCGAAGAGGAAUAGAACCUGAUGUAGUGGCCUAUACUGCUCUUCUGUCAAGCUGUUAUGAUAGAGGAGAUGUGGAUGGAGCCGCGAGCCUAAUUGAUGAAAUGUCUUCUAAAGGAAUACAUCCAGAUGCUUGCAUGCUUGCUGCUCUGGAAAAUAGAAUUCUCAAUCUGAAGCAAACAAAGAGCAGUUCUAGAAAAGGACUUCAAUGAAUUCCUGUUGUGAGCUGUAGUUGCGCAAAGGUCGAGCGCCCGCAAAACCGGCCGUUAUGAGAAUCAACUCACCUGCGUCCGGUAUGCCUCAGCUUUCUCUUUAACUUGAACUGUUUUCUUCCUUCUGGUGUUUGAACCUUUUUAAAAGGUCUCUGUGGCUGUAGCUCGACACUAGUGUUUUUUGAGAGGAGAAUCUGAUAUCUGAUUUGUGCUGCACGGUACCAAAAAAAAAAAAAAAAAAAAUCCUGGUUUCUUGAUCUGUCGAGAUUUUUUGUUCUUUACUUUUGUUUUAUUUUUUAUUUUCUAUUUUUUAUAUGGUGAAUCGACUUUACGGACCUACAAAUGAAAAUAGCAAGAAAAGACGUUUGUUUUUGUUCUUUUUGGAAGAAUAAAUGCCACUAUGGAAAGGCUUUUGUAACCAUCGGCUGGAGACAAAUGGGGGAACAGAGUGAAGAAACAUCUUCCUUUUCCUCUUUCGUUUCUGGUGUAUGCUUAUAACCUUUUAUCUUAAUAACAUAGUAACUUUGUUCUUCACAUUUCAUUUCAAUUUAGUAUUGCAGGAGAAUAUUCAAGCUCAGAGGCCUCAAAAUUUGGGACAAAACCUUUGAAAAGCUAAAUGGUGGGUUAAACAUUUUUGGACUGGUUUCUGAAAGACAGCAUGGAAAUAGAAACUGAGCUUUCAUCAUCCUCCCAAGGAACAGGAUCUUGAUGACUAUAUCCAACCGAGGUGAGGCAACAUCAUGUUGAUCAUAUGACACAUGAGACUUAGCGUCUGUCUGUCGGGAUUUUAGCCGUGGACGAGAAAAAUAUGACGAGUGUAGUAAGCCUGCCAAUGGAGCUUCCAUGUGAAUGAAAGAGAGAAAAGCAUGUGAAAUAAAGAGGUCUUCUAUCAUAUCAUCUUCAACAAGUUGAGGGCAGACAUGACAACGGAAGUUUUUUACGUCGGCUCAGCUGCAAAGGUCUUUCCCAUGGCUUCACCUUCACGAGUCUUAAACGCUCAAGGGUUUUGAAGAACUUUUGGCCGUCUCAAACAACUUGCGAAUUUCUGAUCAAAGCCACGAUAUGUGGCUUCUUUUCUUAAUUUGUUAGUGCCUUAGGGUGGUAGUGGAUUCGGUUAAUUUUUCAAAUAAAGUUGGUAAUAAAGUGGUAAUACCAAGAAU